AUGCCUGAUGUUCAGGAGGAGGGAAAGGAGACCUGCUCAGGAGAUGAGAAGCUGGACAGCCUUCCUGGAACUUUCUUUGAAAUGAAGAUGACCGGCCACAGCUAUAAUAUAUACAAUGCUGCCUAUGCUGUUGCAUAUGCUUUGCACACCAACUAUGAGAGCAGCUCCAAACAUAGAAGACUGGCAGAAAGAGAGAGUCCUGCACAUCAAAAUUUGCAACCAUGGCAGCUCCAUCACUUUCUGAGCAGCAUCUCAUUCAAUAACAAUGCUGGGGACAUUGUGCAUUUUAAUGAAAAUGGAGAAUUGGUUACACAAUUUGAUGUUACCAACUGGUUGAUGUUCCCCAAUGGCUCCAUGGCUAGAGUGAAAGUUGGAAUGCUGGACCCCCAGGCUCCUGCAGGCCAAGAGUUAACCAUUGAUGAUGACCAAAUCAGUUGGCAUACCAGCUUUAAUCAGGUGGUGCCCACUUCCAUGUGCAAUGGCCAUUGCUAUCCAGGCUCCAGCAGAAAAAAGAAGGAGCGAGAGAAAUUUUGCUGCUAUGACUGUGCUCCAUGUCCAGAAGGCAUGAUCUCUCACCUGAAGGAUAUGGAUGCUUGCGUCAAGUGCCCAGAUGAUCAAUACCCUAACAAGGAACAAACACAAUGUGUUCCCAAGAUUCUGAGCUACCUCUCUUAUGAAGAAGCUCUAGGCAUCACAUUGACUAGCUUGGCUAUUUCAUUCUCUUUCAUCACAAUGUUCGUGCUUGGCACUUUUCUCAAGCACAAGGACACCCCCAUAAUCAAAGCCAACAACCGAAGCAUCACCUACAUCCUUCUCACCUCCCUCCUUCUUUGCUUCCUUUCCACCUUGCUUUUCAUUGGGCAGCCUGCAAAGGUGACCUGCCUUCUGCAACAAAUGGUUUUCAGCAUUGUCUUCUCUGUGGCCCUUUCCAGCAUCUUGGCCAAAACCAUCACUGUGCUUCUGGCGUUUGUGGCUACAAAGCCAGGGUCCAGCAUGAGGAAAAGAAUGGGGAAAGGACUAGCCAAUUCCAUUGCCCUUUCUGGCUCCUUAAUUCAAGCAGCCAUUUGUUCACUUUGGCUAGGCACGAACCCUCCAUUUCCAGAUGUGGACAUGCAUUCACUGGAUGACAAAAUCAUUCUGGAAUGCAAUGAAGGGUCUGCCCCCAUGUUUUAUUGUAUCUUGGGCUUCUUGGGAUCCCUGGCUAUAGUCAGCUUCUCUGUGGCUUUCCUAGCCAGGAAGUUGCCUGAUGCUUUCAAUGAGGCCAAGUUCAUCACCUUCAGCAUGCUGGUCUUCUGCAGUGUGUGGUUGUCCUUUGUUCCAGCCUACCUGAGCACCAAAGGGAAAUAUGUGGUGGCCGUGGAAAUCUUUGCCAUCUUGUCAUCCAGUGCUGGACUGCUGGGUUGCAUCUUUGGCCCCAAAUGCUAUAUUAUUGUACUCAGGCCUGAGCUGAACAGCAGGGAGCACCUAAUAAGAAGGAAAACAUGA